ACAAUUUAGCAGCACAACUGUGUAGCCAUUUUCCUCAUUUCACACAAUCAAUAACUGACCAUUUGUUUUAAGUAUCUUCUUAAAACAAAUGGUGAAAAAUUAUAAAUCUACUUUGCAAAUGUGUAAAUCACCACACAAGAAGAGAGCGUUUUGCAAUGCAGCCUUUAAGUCUGUUUGCAUUUUUAAAUCUUUGACAGUAGCCUAUUUCUGAGUGCUGUAACUUCAAGCAUAUCAAUGCCCAGAGGUGAAAGUGUACAGCGGUGCAGGUCCAUGCUUGUUGCUCGGACAGUUGUUUCAGUCAUUUGAGGACAUGCUGGGUUUUCUCUGCAGUUGUUUUUUUUUUUUUUUUUGAUGCAGCGAGAGGCGUGCCAGGACCAGUCGGACCAGGGUCGGCUCAUAAGAUUUAUGUGAUCCAGCAGGGAGGUGUUUGGCUAAAAAAGACUUUCUCAACAUCCGGGCUGCACCAUUUGAGAGCUGACUGCCUCUCACGGAGCUACCGAUUUGCUUUUUUUCUGUGCACAUUUGGGAUAUUUCCAUCACUUGUGCGGCUCAUUCCGGAUAGUGACGCGUUGCAGUUCCGAUAAUGGGAGACGCUCAGUCUGCGCAACGAGGGGAAAAGAAGGAUGCAGCGGCAGAGGAGGAGAGCGGAAAAGUGGAUGAUGCUCAGGAGGAGAAUAUUGAAGAGAAGCCUCUCAAAAACACUGGGCAGAUCUCUGAGAUCAAUGGAAAAGCAGACUGCUCUACAGCAGAAGUUAAUGGUCACUGUAGGGAUGAGAUUGCUGCAGAGGCUUUCCUUUUAUCAGAUGGGGAUGUUUCUGAAACAGGAAAGCCACUUAAAGAAGAUGAAAGACCAUUAGAAAAUGUUGAAAUUAGUGAAAAUAAUUCACCUAUGGAAGCUGAUACUAAUGAAGAUGUGCCCCUGGAAAUUGAUGCAAAGCAAAAUGACAUCAAUGAAAGUUUUAGGAGAUUUUUCAGUAAUAUUGGUUUGAAAUUGACUGUAAAGAGGGGCUCAGGUGAAACACCAACAGAUGAGCCUGACAAGAGCAACCAGGAAGAACCCAACAGACCAGAAGACAUUGAGGAUGCCACAAAGGAAACCAAACAUGAAAAUGCUGAACGAAAUACUGAUGUGAACAUAGCACAGGAGACUUAUGAUAAUGAUUCGGCGACCUGUCAUACCCUGACAGACAUUACAUCGGAGGACGUUUUAGAAAAUGCAGAGGAGCAAACAGCAGAAACCAAAGAAGUUGAAUCUGAUAAUGCAGAUGCAGCAACAACUUCACCUGUAGGAGAAGACGCACAGCAGGAUGCCACACCCGAAGAAGAGCCACAUUCCACAUCUCCAUCUUGUCCUGAAGAUGAUGUGGUCAUAUCUCCAAUUAAAAGAUUUUUUACAACCGGAAUCUUUUCUGGACUACGUAAGAAAAAGAAACGUGCAGAAGAUGAGACAACUGAGAAAGAAUUUGUGGACAUGGCAGAAGUCGUACAGAUGACAGAACAAACUGUACAAGACCAACAACACGACAAAGAGGAGAUUAGUCAAGGUGUUGAGGCAGCUGCCGUUGAGACAGAACAUAAAGAUAAUGAGCUUAAAAAGGAGAUCCUGUAUGCAGCAUCAGCUCAGACGACGGAUGAAGAGAAAUCACCUACCAAGGAUCCAUCAACCAUUAUUAUCAAUGAGUCUGAAAUUCUGAGUUCUCAAGAGAAGGACAAAGUUCAUGCAAGUCCUCUAAAAAGGCUGCUGUCAGGGUCUAGUUUAAAGAAACUCUCAAAAAUGCAACGAAGCAGGAAGUCAAGUGAUGCAAAGCUGUCUGACUCUGGAGAACAUGUUUCAGAUCAGCUCAUAUCAUCAACUGAGUCAGCUGAGAAUCAGAAAGAAGGUCCUGCACAACCCUCUGUAGAGGCAGCAGGAGAGGAAGAUAGUCCAUGGGCUUCCUUCAAAAAACUUGUGACUCCAAAAAAGCGCAUGAAGAGACCCUCCGUGAGCAAUGAAGAGACACAAAUCCCGGGUUCACUGGAAGAACCAAAACCAAGUGAAGGAGAGCAAAUUUCAGAUCACAGCACAGAAGAAGGCAAAAAAAGAAAAGACUCAUCUGUUUCAUGGGAAGCUGUUUUAUGUGGAUCUGGAAGGAGAAGAAGCCGAAAAACGUCAGACUCUGAGGAUGAAACACCUCAAAUCGAUAACAAUGAUAAUAAGAAAGAUGGUGGAUCUAAACAUGGUGCAGAAUUGCUCCUAGAAAGUUCUUAUGAGACUGACAGUGACAUUUUAGCUUCUUCCCCCAGACAAGCAGGAAGUUCUUCAGAGGGUGACGGAGGGUCAACAUGGAAAUCAUUGAAAAGACUUGUCACCCCAAAAAGGAAAGCCAAGGAUGAGAACGAAAGCAAAGACAAUGAACAAUCUGAUAGUGAAGUUACUCACGAUGAGUCCUUCUCAAUAAAGAAACUCCUACCGGGACGAAGGAAGAGGAAGUCUGCCGAAAAGCAAGACCAAGUAUCUUCAGAUGAGGCUGAAAAGGAUGUAGCUUCAGAUGAUGAAGACUCUGACACACCAGCUGUGGUUCCAUUAUCUGAGUUUGAUACAGUUGAGACAGAGGUUCACAUACAAAUAUGGGCAGAUGUAGAAAGUCAUUUACCCGAGGAAGCAGACAAUGAACUCCAGCAAGACCUCCUUGAUAAGAUGACUGAACCAGUCCUGCCUUGUGACAGUCUGCAAACUGAAGCAAAGCAAGUCCAAGACAAUGAUGCUUUAGAGAAACUGGCAUCUACAACCCUUGUUGUAAAGGAAGAACCUGAUGAUCUAACAGAAUCAGUCAGUAAUCAUCAACAACUCAGUGACAUUCCAGAGGAGGGCAUAAUUACAGAGACCAUGGUCACUCCAGCUUCAGUCACCGAGGAGGCAGCUAGAGAUGACACUUUAGCAGAGGACCUGAUAGAGAUCACAUCUGAGGCCAUUACUGCACCAGAGCCUGCCUCAGACAUUACCUUGGCAGAUGAAACGGAGAUGAUCUCCGCAGUUUCCCAGUUAUCUUCAGAGUCGUCAAAAACAUCCGGCAACACAACACCAGUCCCAGCACAAUAUGACGCUAUGGAAACAGAUGUGAUCCUGCAUCAGGUUGUUGAAACCAUCUCCAUAAGCGCAAAGGCAGUCCCAGUUUGUUCUGUCUCACAUCAGAUACUUGAAACAUUUGAAAAAGAGCCAACAAUUUUGGAAAUACACAGAAGAUUAGAUGCAAGUGCCAUUAACACAGGUCUAAAUGUUGAAGAAUUUGAUGCAAUUAAUGAACUUACAGCUCAAACCGAGAGCAUAUCUGAAGUCAAUUACUCUGUUUCCACAGAGAUUGUAUCUGAGGUUCAUACUGAGGAGUUUGAUACUGCUGAAAUUGCAGUAGAUGAAGUACAUUUUACAGAUCCAGAAGAAAGUACUGGUGAGAGCUAUGAUAAGGAGAAAUGCCUAUCUGAGUUAAAUGCGUCUGUGUCGACAGAUACAUUACCUGAAGGUGAAGAAAUGGUCCUGGAUGAAGGUUCUCUAGUUGAUGCACAUCGAGCUGAAACAGAACCCGCAAAAAUUUACUCUCAAGAAACAGGUUCACCUGCUACAGUAUCAGAUGAAACUAAGGAUGGGGCCAAGGAGCAGGAAGUCCUAACUCUGACAGAAAAGGAAGAUCAGAUCAUGCAAAAUAUCACUGGUCAAAUUCAACUUGAGGAUAAAGAUCAGCCACCAUUAGAGGCGGAGGAGUUGCAAGAAUUAGCAGCUGUACAAGCUGCCACAUUAGAUUCAGAGGAGCGUAGUGUUCAAUUGCUUGAAAAGGAAGUAAUAUCAGAGGACAUACGAGCAGCCAAAACAAUUACAUAUGAACCCAAAGAGGAAACAGUGCCUCUAAAUGAAGUCAAUAUUGAUCCAGAAAAGAAAGAUGAACUAGAAACAGAUGCUGCCAAAAAUAAUCAUGUUCAAGAAGCAGAAGCAUUAGCUUGUAGUGUCCAAUCACAAGAAGAGGAAGUAAAUUCAGAAGACAUUCCAACAGCAAAAACAGUCAUAGAUGAACCCAAACAGACAGCAGAGCAUCUCCCAGAAGUCAGUGCUGAACCAGAAAACAAAGAACUACCAGUGAAUGCUGUCAAAACAGAACAUCAGAAUGUUCAAAAACCAGAAAUAUUAGAUGCUGUUCAAACACCCACAUUAAAUUCAGAGGAUGGCAGUGUUCAAUCACUUGAAAAAGAGGUAAAUUCAGAGGAUGUUCCCAAGGCAAAAACAGUUACAGAUGAACUCAAAGAGGAGACAAUACCACUCAUUGAAGUCAAUCUUGAGCAAGUGGACGCUUCUAACACUGAACAUGUUCAUCAAGCAUUAAAAGCUGUACAAUCAACCACAUUAGAUUUAGGGGCUGGUAGUCUUCUAUCAAUUGAAAACGAAGAAAUGUCAGAGGAUAUUCUAGUAGUGGAAACAGUUACAGAUGAACCAAAGCAGGAAAUUGAAGUGAGGUUUGAGCCAAAAGAAAAAGCUGCCAAAACUGAAAAUGUUCAAGAACCUGACGUAUUACCACCUGAUGUAAAACAUAUUGUACCUGAAAACAAAACCGAGGAAGGGGCAUCAAUGUAUGUACAUGGACUCACACAAAGUACAGUGGGAGGCAGUACUCAGGAACUUGAAAAGUUUGUAUUGUUAGAAGAUAUUUCCAAACCAGAAGAUGACAUUGUAAUUGAGAGUGAAGUUGUGGCACAACUGAGUCAAUCUUUAGAGAUAACAGAGGAUCAGAGUAUCCCACAAGAUGCUGAGCAGGAAGAAUGCAUCCCUGAAGUUGUAGACAUGUUACAAACAUUAACAGCAGUUCAGUUAUCCUCCGUAAAUGAGGAGGCAAGUAAUGUUCAGGUCCUAGAAAAGACUGUCAUUUCUGAAGAAACCACAGUACCUUGUUUAGACAAUGCUGCAGUUACAGAUGAACACAAACAUGAAGUCCGUCUCAGUGUAGUCCAAGUCAGUGUUGAGGGAGAAAAAGAAAGUGAAUAUCCAAGCAUUGAGAUCCCAAAACGAGAAACUGAAUUGAUGAUUGAGCUGGAAGAAAAAGUAGUUCAAGAACUACAAAUAUUGCCAUCUGAAGUACAAGAUAUUGUAACUGAAACUAAAACUGAGGAAGGGGCAUCAAUGUACAUGCAUGUAGUCACAGAAAGUACUGAAGGAGGCAGUGCUCAGGAACUUGAAAAGUUUGUAUUGUUAGAAGAUGUUCCCACACCAGACGCUGACAAUGUCAUUACUUCAAUAACAGAUAAAACUGAGAGUGAAGUUGUGUCACAACUUGAUCAGCCUUUAGAGAUAUCAGGGGAGCAGAAAACUGAGAGUAUCCCACAAGAUGUUGAGCAGGAAAACUGCAUCCCUGAAGAUGAAGAUGAGUUACAAACAUUACCAGCAGUUAAUGUAUCUUCUAUAAAUAAGGACACAAGUAAUGUUCAGGUCCUAGAAAAGACUGUCAUUUCAGAAGAGACCCCAGCACCUAGUGUAGACAAUGCUGCAGUUACAGAUGAACACAAACAUGAAGUCCAUCUCAGUGUAGUGCAAGUCAGUGUUGAGGGAGAAAAAGGAAGUGAACUUAAAAGCACUGAUAUCCCAAAACAGGAAAUUGAAGCGAGGGUUGAGCCAGAAGAAAAAGUACCAGUGGAAGAUGCCAAAACUGAACAUGUUCAAGAACUACAAGUAUUGCCAUCUGAAGUACAAGAUAUUGUAACUGAAACUAAAACUGAGGAAGGGGCAUCAAUGUACAUGCAUGUAGUCACAGAAAGUACUGAGGGAGGCAGUGCUCAAGAACUUGAAAAGUUUGUAUUGUUAGAAGAUGUUCCCACACCAGACGCUGACAAUGUCAUUACUUCAGUUACAGAUGAAACUGAGAGUGAAGUUGUGUCACAACUGGAUCAUCCCUUAGAGAUAUCAAGGGAGCAGAAAACGGAGAGUAUCCCAAAAGAUGUUGAACAGAAAGACUGUAUCCCUGAAGAUGUAGACGAGUUACAAAGAAUAACAGCAGUUCAGUUAUCCUGCGUAAAUGAGGAGGCAAGUAAUGUUCAGGUCCUAGAAAAGACUGUCAUUUCUGAAGAAACCGCAGUACCUUGUUUAGACAAUGCUGUAGUUAUAGAUGAACACAAGCAUGAAGUCCGUCUCAGUGUAGUGCAAGUCAGUGUUGAGGGAGAAAAAGGAAGUGAACUUAAAAGCAUUGAUAUCCCAAAACAGGAAAUUGAAGCGAGGGUUGAGCCAGAAGAAAAAGUACCAGUGGAAGAUGCCAAAACUGAACAUGUUCAAGAACUACAUGUAUUGCCAUCUGAAGUACAAGAUAUUGUAACUGAAACUAAAACUGAGGAAGGGGCAUCAAUGUACAUGCAUGUAGUCACAGAAAGUACUGAGGGAGGCAGUGCUCAAGAACUUGAAAAGUUUGUAUUGUUAGAAGAUGUUCCCACACCAGACGCUGACAAUGUCAUUACUUCAGUUACAGAUGAAACUGAGAGUGAAGUUGUGUCACAACUGGAUCAUCCCUUAGAGAUAUCAAGGGAGCAGAAAACGGAGAGUAUCCCAAAAGAUGUUGAACAGAAAGACUGUAUCCCUGAAGAUGUAGACGAGUUACAAAGAAUAACAGCAGUUCAGUUAUCCUGCGUAAAUGAGGAGGCAAGUAAUGUUCAGGUCCUAGAAAAGACUGUCAUUUCUGAAGAAACCGCAGUACCUUGUUUAGACAAUGCUGUAGUUAUAGAUGAACACAAGCAUGAAGUCCGUCUCAGUGUAGUGCAAGUCAGUGUUGAGGGAGAAAAAGGAAGUGAACUUAAAAGCAUUGAUAUCCCAAAACAGGAAAUUGAAGCGAGGUUGAGCCAGAAGAAAACCUUUAGAGAUAUCAAGGGAGCAGAAAACGGAGAGUAUCCCAAAGAUGUUGAACAGAAAGACUGUAUCCCUGAAGAUGUAGACGAGUUACAAAGAUACAGCAGUUCAGUUAUCCUGCGUAAAUGA